AUCGGAAGUGCGUUUUACAUAACGAAGAAAUUGAUCGAUUAUAAAAAGAUCCGGGAUUACUGAAAAACAUGGAGGACGAAAAUUCGAAAGACGAAGAGCAGUUAGAAAGAGAACACUUUUUACGCAUAAUAAAUGCGUUCAAAUACUACAGAAUACAUUCAUCAAAAAGAGUAAAAAAUGCAGUGGAGUCUUACCAGAGUUUGUCUGAUAGUCAUAAAAAGAUGUUACCUGGUUACCUUGACAACCUGACUUUAAUUCAGAACUGUGUUGACCAUAACUAUGAAAUCAUUCAAUUAGUGAUCAAAGAUGCUGAGUACAUGUUUGAGAAUAAAACUCAUGAGCCAACUGAAGAUGAGAAAGAGGUUCCACCUACACAGUUUGAUAUGGACAAAGUUAGAACAACAAUAAAACAGUUUGUACGGGACUGGAGUGCAGACGGUCAAAGUGAAAGAGAGGCUUGUUAUCUUCCUAUUGUCAUGGAGAUAUGUGAAAAAUUUCCAAAAUCAAAAUGUGAUCCAUCUAAAAUUUCUGUACUGGUUCCUGGUGCUGGUUUGGGAAGACUGGCAUAUGAGAUAGCUAAACAGGGGUACAGUUGUCAAGGAAAUGAAUGGAGUCUCUUUAUGUUGAUGGCAUCAAAUUUUAUACUAAACAAAUGCAAUGCUGUGAAAUCAUUUACCCUGUAUCCCUGGAUACACCAAUGGACAAACAAUACUUACACUGAGGACCAGACAGCUAGUUGUAAAUUCCCUGACGUCAAUCCUGCAGAGCUACCUCCUAACUCUAACUUCUCCAUGGCUGCUGGAGACUUCCUGGAAAUAUACACUGAUCCAGACACCUUCGAUUGCGUCGCUACAGUGUUCUUUAUAGACACAGCCCACUGUAUAAUAUCAUAUAUAGAGACUAUUUACAAUAUACUGAAACCUGGAGGAUACUGGAUUAAUCUAGGUCCAUUAUUAUACCAUUACUCAGACAUUCCAAAUGAAGUUUCUAUAGAACUGUCAUAUGAAGAAUUAAAGAAAGUUAUAAAACAAGUUGGAUUUGUCAUACAGAGAGAGGAAAAAGAUGUGAGAUCUACCUAUACACAGAACCCUAAAUCUAUGCUGAGAUAUGAAUACAGUAGUGUGUUCUUUACUGCUCAGAAACCUGUAUCAUGAAAAACUUAGCUUUUAAAUUUGUGUAAAAAAUUGUACUUAUUUCAUUAUGACAUCUGACUUACACAACAUGAAUUGUACAGUGAUAUCAGUGAUUGGUUUCGUCUUAUUCUAUAAUAUAUUCUAUCUUUGAAGAAAUACCUAUGCCUUUCACUUUCUUUGAAUUUCUGUUCAUUUCACCUGUAAAUGUUCUGAGCUUUUUUUUAAAUUUCAAUUUGAAAACUUUUAAAUUGAGCGUACAGAUGUAUACAAUUAAUGUGAUUCCAGUGUAAUAUGUCUUUGACAGACAAAUGAUUUAAAUUGAAUAUUUUUUACACGUCUGAAUUACUGUAAAUUCAAAAAUAUUUGCGAUGUUUUCAAUUAUUGUGAAUUAUGUGACUGAGUACAUAUCGUAACAAUCAGUGCUCUAAACAAAAUAUAAAUUUACAGUAAAGAUCCCAUGACCUCUAAAGUUUUUUUUUUAGCUCACUGUCACAAAGGCUCAUUACUUGGAGUCUGUUGUUCGUCGUAAAUUUGUUAAUCAGGUUGAGAUCAAUCUGCCCUGAAAUUUUUAAAUAAAUCAGACAACUUGUUCUUGGGUUGAUACCUCUGAAUUGUUGAUUUAACGAAAAUUUUGCUCUUUUUGGCUAUUAUCUCGAAUAUUACUAUAUGUAUAGGUAAGCUGUACACAGCAAUAAUGUACAGCAAAGUAAGAUCUAUAUAUAUAUAAGAAAGUCAACAUGAACAAAAUGAUCAAUUGAACCCUUAAGGAUUCUUUACUCUUUAUAAUCAACUUUUAACAAUUUUCUGAAAUUUUAUCAAUUUAAAAAGAAAAAUUCUCUGAAACUAUUGGGCCAAGUUCAUUAUAGAUAAAGAUUAUUGUAAGCAGCAAGAAUGUUCAGUAAAGUAAUAUCUACAAACACAUCACCAUCACCAAAACACAAUUUUGUCAUGAAUCCAUCUGUGUUCUUUGUUUGAUAUGCACAUAGAACAAGGUGAGUGACACAGGCUCUUUAGAGCCUCUAGAUAAGUUUAUGUUUUAUUAUGACCUGUCAAUUUUUGUAAGAUUGGUAAGCUUACUGUGAAGACACAUUUCACAAUGUAGUCUGACUCUGUGAAAGACUUUUAUCAUUUUGUGUAUAUUUGUAGCAUACUAUUAAAUAGUUAUAUAUCAUUUUAAA